AUGGGUACUUACGUCAAGCUCUCUGAAAUCAAGAGGCUUCGAGCAUCAGAUGAACAAGUUUAUCAACAUGAUAAACAAAUCAAAAGAUUCUUCAAUGCCAACAAAAUAGUAGGUAGCGGGAAAGAAAACUCACCCGUAUGCCAUGUCGCAUUUUCACCAAAAGGAAAUGUAGUAUCAAUAUGCUCUGCCACCAAGGUACUCUUCUACAACUAUAUUGAACAGAAAGUCGUUCACACUUACAGUAAUCCUAAAGAAUUUGUAAGAUGCUGCGCUUACAGGACAGAUGGCAAAAUGGCCGCAGUUACAGACGACGGAGGAUGGGUACAACUAAUCGCUUUGGAACUAAAGUCAAACUUAAAAAAAUGGCGUGCUCAUGAUGCGGCGUGUCAUGCUGUACACUUCUCAUCAUCAAAAGUAAGAUUCAUGACGGGAUGUGAUGACGGAGUGGCCAAAUUGUGGGACACAACCACUGGAGAAUUGGUAGAACAGUACAAGUUUCAUUCAGAUAAAAUUAGAACGUUGACAUCCUUCUCAGGAUCAGAACACUUGUGGGUUACAGGUGGAUAUGAUGCAAUGGCAUACCUCUUCGAUGUAAGAGAUAACACCAAACCACUCGCCAAGGUAAACCACGGAACCCAAAUUGAGUUCGUGGAAGUGUCAGAAAACAAUAACGUACUGCUCACCGCAGGAGGCAACAGGGUCAAUUUGUGGGACAUAACAGCAGGUCUUAAACUACUAUAUUCAUUCGAACCUCAUAAAAGGACGGUAAUAAGAGGAUAUAUUAGGGAAGCCAUAAUAACAGCGUCACUCGACGGCACCGUCAGGUAUUUUAACUAUUCAUCAGAGCACCAAGGAGGACAUAUUCCUGUUGAUGAAAGGGACGCAACUUCUCUAAAUGGAUCGGCGUUAACUCAAAGUGCGAUCGAGAACACGGAUAGCAGUACAACCUAUAAAUCCGAUAAUGACACUGGUAAUGAAAGUGAUCAGGAAGGUGUUAACUCGGUCAAGGGCACGGUUGAUACCGGUCACGUAGGAAGCCCGCAAAACAACAUCGCAUCUAACACAGACCUGCAUUCAGAUCAUAGCAGCUUUGUCACGCCACAGAGUAACGUAGAGGUUUCACCGAUGGACCACUUUACGCCAAUGAGCGAAAAUAGGAGAUUCUCCGAUGAAGGAGGGAAUACGCCAAUAGGAAAUAACGAUGCUAAUAUAGGGGAAGUUAUCAUCAAGCCAUCCGAUGUAAAGACAGCGAGCAAAACAGAAGAACAUGUAAUAUCUCUGAGACAUGUAUACAGAUUCAGCGAUCCAGUUACCGCUUUUGCAGUCUCCGCAGACGCAAGUUCAAUCGCCGUCGGUACCAGCUCAGGUGAAUGGAUAAUUAGACACAAUAGCAAGGAAUCAGCUGGUGUUAUAACGCAUCCCAAAAAGAUUGUCAAAGUAGAAGAAAACUUAGUGGAAUAUAAAUCCCCAAAACUCACGCUACUCGAUAGGCUAGUCAAAACGUUCCAAUACCAGGCAGCUCUGGACUUGGCGCUAUCUCUCACACCGGAUCACGUGUACAACCUGGUUGAGACUUUGGUACUGCGAGGAAGCCUUGCAACUGCAGUUAGGGGAAAGGAUGAACAGACAAUAUUGCCAUUGUUGAAGUUCGUUUCGGCACAUCUCGGUGAGGACUUGCAAAACACAAACACGCUCUUAGAACUUGGCAACGCUGUAAUAGAUAACAAUAUAUGGCUCGAAUCGUGUGAUAACAAAAAUGUUAUACAGGAACUGAGGAAAAUUCCAAGCAAGAUUAACUUCGAACUUUUUCAACACAACAUUCUACACUCCCUAAGCGGAACACUAGACCUAAUACUCAAUCGACCGAUGUCGACAAGUCGACCUGAGGAAUAA